AUGAUGCAGCAGCCAUCAGUGCCCAGGGCGCAGCACGGCCUGCCUCGCAAGGACAUUCCCCACGCAUUUGUCUGUCCGCUGUCUGCCAGGCUGAUGCACGAUGCGGUGAAGCUGGGCGAUCGCUCCUUCAGUCUGCACGGCUUGUACAGCCGGUCAAAUUGGCGGCCGUACUCGCUGCUUCCCAAACCGGACCACACUCUCCGCCACCUGGUGCAUGAGUGGCUGUGCGACCUGUUUGGAGGAGUCACGUUGCAACUCCACAUCGCCGCCGCCGCGCCAAGAGGGCCUGGUGCGGAGGACGCGGCGACGGCCGCGGCUCUCGAGGCGCGCGACGAGGUGGGAGCGCUGGGGAUCGCGGCGGCGGGUGGCACGGCACCACUUGUGCAGCUGAUGGAUCGAGGCGGGGGACAGACCCGCCACAUCGCGGCUGUGGCACUGCUUGCGCUGGCGGCGCACCCCGCCAACAAGGCCGAGAUAAGCGCCACGGGCGGCUUGCACGCGUUCGUCGUCCUGCUCUCGACGAGGAGCAGCCCCGACCACACCAAGCGGGUGGCGGCGACAGCGCUCCAUCUGCUGGCGUACGACCACUCUGAAAACCGGGACCUGCUGGCGGCCGAGAACGCCGCGCCGCCCCUCAUCGCCCUGCUCCGCACGAGCCCGUCCGAGGCGUCGCGCCUUGCGAGCGUCAAGGCGCUGCGCCAGCUCUCGAUGGACCACGCCAACGCGCGGUCCCUCGUCGCUGCUGGCGUCGUCGGCCCUCUGAUGCAGCUCUUCUUUUCGAACUCCAGCGCAGAGACGCUAGGCGAGGCGUCUUCGGUGCUGUGGCACCUCUGCAUGGAGCCGAGCAGCCGAGCGGCCGUCAUGGCCGCGGGGGGGCGGACGCUGUGGUGGCUCUACAAACCUUACAAGGCGUCCGAGGCCACCAAAGCCAACAAGGCAACAAGGCGUCCGAGGCCACCACCAAAGCCACGCGCCGAGGCGGGCUCGUCCCUCUCCCACCCCCCGUCCGACAGCCCCCCGUCGCUGCUCCGGCUCGACACGCCGAGCACGCCGACCUUCUCGCCGCUGCGCCCCACCUCUUCGGAGGCGGUCUUGCUGGAUGACGCCGCCCGCGCCGCCAGUCUGGUCAUGACGCUGUCGAGCCAGCCUUCCGACAGCCACCGAUGCCGUCCGAGCCCACCUCCCCGGGGCAUGCUGGACGCUGUGCUCGCGGCGGUCGAGGGCUUCGACCCUUCGACGGCCGAACGCCGCCCCGCGGGCGACCAGCUGGCAAGGAAGCGGCAGGCGCGGUCGCGCUCCAUUUCCCGCAAGCUCAAGCAAGCGAAAGCGGGACAGAUCUAG